AGUUCAACACUAGCACCAACUAGGGUCAUUAAACUAAACAGCUUCAACUCAAGGGUAUAUAUUAUUACUAUUAGAUAGGAGAAAGUUGAGGACUUGGUUAAACUCCAAAGAGUUGGAGUUUGUGUCAAAGUCUUCUUCUUACAUUUGCGUUUGUGGGGCUAAAAAACGACCAAAAGAUCUUUAAUCUCUUCACUCUGCCACACUUUGCAGAAGCAUCAACAAGCUCUCAUAGGCCAAAGAUAAAAGGCCAGACACAUGUGUUGCAUAUAAAUCCCAUAAAGAAAGCGUUGAGUAAUUUCACUUUUGUUUCUGUGUGUUCAUUCUUAUAUAGUUUUUGGAAUGCUACUGCAAGUGUUAUUGGAUAGGGAAUCUUGGGAGAUUGCAAUUGCAGGUUUUGGUUUUUUGGGAUCAGCAAGAGUGGCAGAGUUAAGAGCUGUUUGCAGCUGCAGAUGGAGCUGAACAAGCACCAACAGUGAAAAGUAACAGGAAGCAUAGCCAAAAACCAAAACCAAAGAGUAUCCAAAGUAAAAAUUCCAUUAGAAUAGCAAAAGCAGAAAGCCAGAGAUAAAAAGAAGGCCACCAGAAAAGGGAAAAAAAGAAGAAUCUGAAUCUCAGUGGUAGUCAUCAUCAGCCACACAUCUAGCAAGAGCACAAAAAUCACAAGACAAAGAACAAGUUUUGAUCAUUCACAACCAUAUCAGUAUGCAUAUGAAGCAGAAGGUGCAAACACAGGACUAAUGAGAAUGAAGAGCACUGGGGGAGAAAUUAUUCAUGUUGAAGGAGGCCACAUUGUUCGAUCCACAGGUAGAAAAGAUCGGCAUAGCAAGGUUUACACUUCAAAAGGUCCUCGUGACCGCAGGGUUCGGCUAUCAGCACACACCGCCAUUCAAUUCUACGACGUUCAAGACCGUCUCGGCUACGACCGACCGAGCAAGGCCGUCGACUGGCUCAUCAAGAAGGCGAAGUCCGCCAUUGACAAGCUUGCUGAGCUUCCUCCAUGGCAACCACCUUCUAAUCUUGAACAAGUCCAAGAGGCAGAGCAGAAUGCAGGGUCAAGUGAGAUGGGAAUUGCAGAGCAAUCUGAGUCCUCUGGCUACAAUUUUCACCUCCAGAGACAACUAGCUGAGGACCCAGAUAACCACCACCAUAACCAGCAGCACAACCACCAGAACUCAGCAUUCAUUCCAUCAUCUAUUGACAAUGAUGCCAUAGCCUUCUUCCCCACAACCACUGCUGCUUCCUCCAUAAACUUUCAGAGCUACCCUGCACAGGACCUUGGCCUUUCUCUUCACUCUUUCCAAGACCAUGGUCUCAUUCACGCACAAUCUCAAACAGGUGGUGGGCAAACUUCCAGUGACCAAACCCUUUUCUCUGGCUCAACUCCCUCUGGGUUUGACACCAAUUAUCACAGGAUUGUUACAUGGAACAAUGAUUCAACCACCACUGACAUGAACAGAGGUGGGUUCAUGGUGAAUUCACCAGCAAUUCUAGGCCAUGGUACUUCUGCUUAUUCCCACAGGGGGACCCUUCAGUCCAGUUUUUCACCAUCACUUCGUCCUUGGAAUGAGAUUCCAAUGGCUUCCUCAGAUAAUCACAAUCACAAGGCAAUUCACCAGGCUUCAAUCUUUGGCAGCAGGUUUCUCUCUGAUGCAAUACCUGGGUUCUGCAUUCCAGCUAGGAUUCAAGGAGAGGAUGAGAGCCAUGGAGUUUCUUCUGACAGGCCAUCCUCUCCUUCACCUAACUCUCAUCAUCACUGACCACAAACAUGAACUGCACAAUGCUGCACUCUUCCCAUAUCUAUCAGGAGCAUUGUCUAGCAGAUAUGAUAAAGUGGGAAGAUUAGAGAGAUGAACACUAUAGAAUUUGUCUGGUUGGGUCAAACUUUUUUUAUGGCUUUCUUUUCCCUCCCUGUUGCAGCCAUUUUCAUUGGUGUUUUAUGUAUUUCUAAUUAAUGUGAGACUCAUCAGCAUUUAACUUACAUUAGAUGUGAGAAGUUUAUGUUAGUCUACAAUCCCUUUGAGUAAUGUGAGAUUGGUGAUACAUUCAUAUAAUGUAACCUAAUCUGAUUAAUUGUGCUUGCUUUGGAGUUUUAAGCAAUAUGAGAUUAGUGAUUUCCAAAAAAGUGUGUAAGUGAGAACAAAAUGCCCUGGAAAAAUUUCAUGUUAUAGUGGAGACGGUCCUCAGAUUGGUAGGUUAUAUUAAAUUAGGAUUAAACUAGAUUUUAAACUGUGUUCCAAUGUACUCUAUAAUAUUAUUAAUUAAUUGCUAUGCAUUAUUUGCCUGCA